GAGAAGUUUCCGCUGCACCCAUUGCAUCCGUAUCGACCCAAGAAGGCCGACUUGGAUGACCUCCUACGAUUCGAAUCACAGUUGGGCAUAUCGCACGUCUGCCUCAUCGCAUUCUCCGUCUACCACACAGACAAUUCAUCAAUCGUCGAUGCCCUAACCAAGCUCGGAGGGAAAGGGCGCGCCGUGGUUUGCAUAGACCCCGAAGCAGUCACUGACGGAGAGCUGAGAAAAUUGCACGGCCUCGGUGCGCGUGGCGUUCGGUUGAAUCUGAAGACGCGCGACCAGCGACUGGGGAAAAUCGAAUUCGAGGGCCUGCUGAAGAGCUACGCAGACAAGAUAAGGUGCCUUGGGUGGGCGCUUCAGCUGUUCGUGGCAAUGGAGCAGAUCGAUCUCAUCGCAGACGUGUUGCCGACACUCGGAAUACCCGUCGUGAUUGACCACUUGGGCGCACCUCAUCCCUCGAAAGGCGCUCCAAAGACGCAACCGGGAUAUGAAGCCUUCAUGAAGUUACUGAGAAGCGGCCAGGUUUGGACGAAGCUCAGUGGAACAUACCGGUUUGAUAAGGUCCCCGGGCUCGAGGAAUACAUCAUGGAUGUCUUGCGUAUCGCUCCCAACCGGGUUGUCUGGGCAAGUGACUGGCCACAUAGCGGAGGCGCCCAAGCCAACCCGGGUGGAGACUGCAAUGCGAUCCAAGAGUACCGGAAGAUAGACGACAGGGCAUGGGUUGACCGCUGCAAAUCCUGGUGUCGGGCUGUUUCUGGGGAGAAUCUAAUCCGCAAGAUCUGGAGAGACAACCCAAGAGCCCUGUGGCAGUACGAUGACAAGUAG